GCCAAACUCGUACUUGGUUCACUAAAUCGAUCUAAUUGUCAGUGCUUCUUGCCUCGUCCUGACUACCGGACACAGGCGAUCGGAUCAUCUCCGAUCCUUCUGCCGCCGUUAACUGGCAUACUCGAAAGCAGGUCAAGAUGACUCCGGCCGAGAAAGUCAGAGUGAACGUUGCCAUGAACCCUCCUAUCCUUCUGGUAGACUACUCACGCGAAUUGACACUAAAUGGGACGGCAGUGGUGCGCGUCGAAGCACCCUCAUCAACGAAGAGCCAAGCCCCCAUCGACCUGGUCACGCUCAUCAACAUUAGCCACAGCAUGAGCUGGCCGGCGGCAUCAUCUCCAACAGAUGAGACGCCAUCAACAAGCAGGCUGGAUCUGCUGAAAAAUGCCAUGAAAUUCGUGAUGAGGCAGCUCGACGACGAUGACCGCCUUGCCGUCGUAGCAUUCAACGAUCAGGUCGUCAAAGACCAUACCACCGGCAUUCUGGAAAUGUCCGGCGGUGGUCGGAUGGCCAUGGAAAGAAAGGUGGAUGGGCUCGUGGCUAAGGGUGACGACGGUACUGCUUUCAAACCAAGCUUGGAGUAUGCUGUGAAGCUCCUGGAUGACCGAGCGGAUAAGAAGCGUGUAGGGUUCAUCGUGCUCAUCUCCGAUGGUGUAGACAAGCAAGUCAAGUGGAGCGACGAGAGCAUCGCCCCCACCGACCCCGUCCGAGCCGUCCUCCGGAAGUACCCAGUCCACACCUUGGGUUUGUGCCACGCUCACGACCCAAAGGCGCUGCACUACAUCGCCAAGAUUUCCUACGGGACCUACUCCUCCAUCGCCGACUACGGCGAGAUCAUGGAGGCGUUGGCCGUCUGCUUAGCCGGGUUCAAGACCGCCGUCGCCGUCGACGCCUGCGUCGACAUCAGGUCAAGCAGCUUGCAGAUAACGAGGAUCGACGCCGGAGGCCACACGCUCCGGGGCCCAUCCGGAGGCGUCUUGAUCGGCACGCUCUACGCCGGCGAGGUGAAGGACCUCGUCGUCCACUUCUCCUACCGUACCGGCAGUUGGCCGCGAGGCUACUACACGACGUUGAACGGGAUCACUGCCGGUGUCACGUACAAGGAUGUGCCUGGCGGCACCGGCAGGCCGUCGACCUCCAUUACCGACACUUGCUCGGCGUCGCUCCCAGUCCACGCCGCCGACAGCCAAACGCCGCCGGCGAACCCAUGCCCUCCCCACCCGGUGGCCCUGCAGCAGAUGGUCCGGUCCAAGGUGGCGGACCUGCUCACGGGCGUCCUCAAGGAGUUCCAGGUCCUGAAGGAGGAGGCCGGCGGCGCCGUCCACGGGAAGGGCGGCGACGACCCUGUCUUGCAGGCCGUCGCGGCGAGCUCGCUGCAGAGGAAGUGGGAGGAGUUCAAGAAGUCCGACGAGUCGUGGAAAGAAGCCCCGAGGAACUUCCUUGACUUGGGAGGCGUCGACAGGGACGUCGACUCGAUGGUGGGCGUCCUGAAGCAGGGAUCGGGUGUUGGAUGCGUCUACUCGUGGCUGUCGAGCUCCCAGAUGCAGCGCGCGACGGCGGCGACAGGCUUGCCGGCAGCCGGCCGGUUCCGCACGCCGGCGAUGGCCGCCAUGGUGCGGGAAGCCCACAGGCAGAUGGCCGAGGAAGCCUCUGCCCAGGACGCCGGGACGUCGGUGGUCGUCGGCAAGCGCGCCGUCGAGCUCCUGGACGGGAUCAACAAGCGGUUCGAGCUCUGGUGCAAGCUCGACCACGACCUGCCGUCGUCGGGCCAGGAAGAAGGCGACCUCGCCGCCGGCGGCAUGCGGGGGGACAUCAACCGGGCGAGGCAGCAUCACAUAUACCUGGCUGCGGAUCACGCGAUCAAGCAAUGGCGGAGCUUCCUUGAAUCCAUGGAGAAGACGCAUGGCCGUGGGACGGACAAGUAGGCGCAUGAUGCACCAACGGGCAGCCACCAGAAGCACAAGAAUGCAGUGAGUGCCGUUGUGUUGAUGUACAGCCGACACACCAUGAAUAAAUGAGCGAGAGGCCCUGACACCGGUGCCUCUCACUCCCUCCGAUCCUGUGAGCACCGUCGUCCUCCUCCUCAUCGCCACUUCUCAUUUGAUUUCCCGUGUGUUACCCCCCUCCAUUUCUUUCUUCUAUGGCGUAUUUUUGGUUUGUUAUACAAAAAGUUUGAGCAACAAUUUUCCGCAGGCGUCAACUAAUAGAGUAAUUGUUGGUCAAGGUCUUGUACUAAUGAAACAAAAUAUAUCUUACUAUGUUUUUGAAAUAGAGGAAGUAGGUGAUUGCUGUUUUAUAAUAGAAUAUAAGCUGCACGGCAUCCCAUUUAA